ACUCCUCUUUCCUUCAUAAUGAAGCCUUUUGUAGUCUGUGUCAUAUACUUGUGCUGUGUUAUACUACUUGUCAAUGCAAAAGAGAUUCAUGAUGUUUCCCACACUGCGUCUCCAUAUCGAGAUCAAGGGAGACCACAGUUCCACCUCCGACCUCCACAAAACUGGAUUAACGAUCCUAAUGGUCCGUUGUAUUACAAAGGCGUAUAUCAUCUAUUUUACCAGUACAAUCCCUAUGGUUCACUCUUCAAUCAAACAAUAGUGUGGGCGCACUCGGCUUCCUAUGAUUUGGUCAACUGGAUUCAUCUCAAGCACGCCCUUGUUCCAAGCAAGCCGUUUGACAUGAAGAGUUGCUGGUCAGGUUCAGCGACGAUCCUUCCAGGAAACUACCCGGUUAUUUUGUACACUGGACUCAAUAUCAACAGUCAGCAAGUUCAGAAUCUUGCAAUGCCAAAGAAUUUAUCGGAUCCUUUUCUUCAAGAAUGGGUCAAGUAUCAUGGGAAUCCCCUCAUGACUCCACCUCCUGGGGUCGACCCGGAUGAUUUUCGUGAUCCCACAACGGCUUGGAGAGGCCGAGAUGGGAUUUGGAGGGUGGUUGUAGGCGGUUUGAGAAAUAAAAUAGGAGUGGCGAUUCUUUACAAGAGUAAGAAUUUUAUUCACUGGAGUUUGCAUCAUGCUCCACUUUAUUCUGGAAACGAAAAUGCUGGUAUUUGGGAGUGUCCAGACUUCUUUCCUGUGUCCGUUAACGGUAGAGAAGGAAUUGAAAAUUCUGAAAAUGGUACAAACCUCAAGUAUGUGCUGAAAGUCAGCUUCAUUUUCAACACAAAUGACUAUUACAUGAUUGGAAGCUAUGACGCUGACAAAGAAAAAUUUGUACCGGAUAAGAUAGGUCUUACAGGAACUCACCCGGACUUGAGAUAUGAUUACGGAAAGUUCUAUGCAUCAAAAUCAUUUUAUGACAGUGGGAAGAAGCGGAGAAUACUGUGGGGUUGGAUUAAUGAGUCUGAUAGUUCAGCUAAUGAUAUCAAGAAAGGAUGGGCCGGAAUCCAGUCUAUCCCUCGACAAGUGUAUCAUAGUCCCACUGGAACGCAGUUGUUACAAUGGCCCGUUAAGGAAAUUGAAAGCUUGCGGGACACACAUGUUACGUACACUGGGAAAAUAGUUAAAUCAAAAUCUCUAUUCGAGGUUAAGGGCAUCACAGCCUCACAGGCUGACAUAGACAUCUCAUUUAAGAUGCCAAAACUAGAUGAUGCCGAGAUAUUCAACCCCAAGUGGAAUGAUCCUGAACUUCUUUGCAGAACAAAGCCAGCAACAGUCAGUGGUCAAAACGGGCCAUUUGGCUUGUUGCUUAUGGCUUCUCAAGACUUGACAGAACACACAGCAGUCUUCUUCCGAGUAUUUAAAAACAACCAACAAUUUGUUGUUCUAAUGUGUAGUGAUCAAAGAAGGUCUUCUCAUACCCAAGAAGUUGAUAGAACUAUAUACGGUGCUUUUAUCCACAUGGAUCAUAAAGAUGAAAUGAUUUCUCUUAGGAGCUUGGUAGAUCAUUCGGUGAUUGAGAGUUUUGGAGCUGAAGGGAGAGCAUGCAUUACGGCAAGAGUGUAUCCACAGUUUUCUUCAGGUAAAGAAGCGCAUGUUUAUGCAUUCAACAAUGGAAGUGCUGAUUUAUUUGUCUCAACAUUAAACGCUUGGAGUAUGAAGAAAUCGAAAGGUAACUAAUCAGAAGCAACAAGUUUCACAUAGAGCUAAUAAAAUGGCUAGUAUCAAGGCUAAAAUAAAAGUUUCUAUGUAUAUUGUGUUGUCCGAGUUUUAAGUUUGAAAGCUCGAGACAUAAUUAAUCGCUGUCUGGUUAAUGGAAA